CGUAUAAUCCUGUAAUCGAUACUACAUUUAUCUUCGAAGUAAAAUGGCGACAAACCUGUCGAAAGAAGAUGUGGUAAGGAGGAAACAUCGAGGCCAAAUUCAACUUGGUCUCGUCACCUACAGUUACACAGGCGACAGCAGUUCCGAAGACGAAGAUGAUGACGCCUCGGACAUCGUCAGAAAAGGCGAGGCUCGGAUUGCAUGGUAUCCAAAAGGACGUGAAGAGGUGAUUGCAGAGGACAAGCUAACCCUCCAUGACCGAUGUCUACUACCUGGUGACAUAGUGAAGUACAACGUCCCCACCCAGACGCAGAAGGGAAUCAUCAAAUCCAUUAAUGUUCUUUGUCAUCUACAAGUGCACAGCACUAGACAGAUGAUCUACAACAUUCCUAGUCAACAGCUAAAUCCAAUUGUGCCAUUUCAGUCUGGUCACCAUGUUGUGAUGGAUGAUUGGGUUGGCUUUGUCAGAGAGAGUUACAACAAUGUCGUGGUGCGCUUCAAGAGCGACGCCAGAUGUUCCGUGUGUGAAGAUAGUGCUUGUCGUCUAGUGGAUGUUCAUGACAGCAGUGAUGAGAAUUCUGUCUUUGGAGAAGAGAUAGGGUUCUUUCCAGGCCAGGUCCUUCAAGGUCCGGCAGCUGUCUUCAAAGGAGCCAAAUGGCUUGGGGGACCACGUCCAAUCCUUGGCAGCAAGACCCGGUUCAGAGUCACCGUGGAUGAGGUGAAGAAUACUGGUCUGGAUGUCCAGUGGUGUUCAAGGGCAAUAACCAAGAACACAGAUGACCUCAAGCCACCACCCAUGUGCAUUAAGGGCAAGAAUCUAGAAAGAACGAAGCUGUUGAACUUCAGUGCCCAUGCCAGUGUUCAGAUAGGAGAUAAGUUCAUGUACAAAGUCAAGGAAGAGGACCUUGGUUACCCAGAACCUGUUACAAAAGGUUCCUUACUGUCCUAUAGGAAGCCUGAUGAAGAAGGUGUCGCAGCCAAGCUAGAGAGUGCUAUAAACUCUGUUAGAGAGGACGUGGACAGUGAGAACAAAGACAGCAUACCGUCUGUUAUUAAGGAAGCUCUGCAGGGAUUGGGUAUUCUGGAGUUACAGAAAGCCAAAGUUGUUGUGACAGAAGAUGCAUGUACAGGAGGUGUGCCAGAAUCAAAAGAAGGGCAGGUGGAUGAAGCUGUAUUAGGGGAUGGAUGUAAAGAGAGUGGAGGAGAUGGUGAACAAUCAGUGCAAUGUGGUUCAGGUGCAUCAGCAGCCUCUUGCCUCAACUCUGCUACAGCUGAAAUGGGUCUGGAAAAUAAUCAGGUUGGAGCUAGCAAAUUGACUGCACAACAAAUAUCAAGUAGAGCUCGCUGCAACAAAGAGAUCUUGAAAUGUCUUAAUUCAUAUGACCAAAUCUUGUAUGAACUGGAAAAAGCUAGAGUUGACGACCCAGCGUCUUUGGAGGAGAAGGAAAUCAUUGUGAGGCAAGCGGAGAGAAAUUUACGCAAUCUUCCUCGUCCCGAGGAUUUAGCAAGGGCUUUUCUCAAGCCUGCCUUUAAUCUUGUGAAUGGGGACGAAGGUACAUGUAGUACUGAAGUGUCUGAGUCAGACCAAGAACGUGCAAAAAAACCCAAAGACCAUCGACUACGCAGAGUGCUCAGUAACUUUGAGAAGAUACAUGAAGAAUUAGAAACAUUACAGGGAUCAUUGAGUGGGCUUGCAUCAGGAAGCUUGCCCUUAGAAUCUUACAACAAGUUGUGUGCAGACACUCAAAAAGAUAUGCAUGAUCAGGUCAAAUUGCUGGGGAAGGUCUGUCAAAGUGUAUUUUUUCCUAUAGAGGCAGCUGGUGAAGAAGAUGUGCACUCUGACGCAGAAGGGAUUCCAAACGAACAGUUAGAGACUACCAAAAGAGAGAAAGAAGAAGGAGUAAUAGAUGAUGUUUCCUCUGGAGAUGAUUUGGAGUGGGAGGAGGAUGAAGAGCUGGAAGGAGAAGAAGAAGAUCAAGCAGAGGAGAUUGAAGAGGAUGGUGAACAAGAACCUGUUAAUGGAAAAGAGCAAGGAGAAGACACUGAUUCUUCAUCCAAAGCCAAGUCCAAGACUUCAUCCCAGAACUCUCUUUCCAAAUUAGCCAAGCGGCAAACAAGCUCCCAGCCAAAGAAGCGGAAAGAACGGGCGGGCAGAGGGGAUCCCAUCCAUCCUGGUCAAUGGGUGUGUGUCGAGGUCACCCAUACAUCUACUAUAGUAGAUGUCCUAUGGCAGGAUGGUACGUACGAAAGCGGUAUCGUCUCUACUAAUGUGGUUCCGUGCAGACAGCUAGAUGAGCUGGAGUUCUUCCCAGGGGACUUUGUCAGUCUAAGUAAAGACGAGCCAAAGUGUACAGACGACGAUCAGUUGGGACUCUGUGUAAAACCAGUCCGCCAUGACACCAUGGCAACUGACGCGACACUUUGGUACUCUAUUGUAUCACCAGAAGCAAAUGAGGAAGGAUACGGCGUUGUUACCCAGGCGGACAACAAAGAAAGGACAUGUGGCAUCAACUGGAUAACAAGAAAUCCUGAAAACCCUUCAGAGCCCAUCAUAAGAACUGAGGAGCACAGUGUCUACGAGCUCUCACCCCAUUCAGACUUUGUAUUCAGUACAGACGAUGUGGUCAUUAGGAUCGCCCACAACUCAAAAGAAGAAGAAUCUGCAAAAGAUCUUCCUCCUGCAGGCCAGGUCCGUCAAGUAAACAACGACGGCACAAUCACAGUGAGAUGGGUGGAUGACACCGUAUCAAAGGUCUUUCCUCAUCAACUCUUUAGAAUAGAAGAGGAGUUUGACUCUGAGCUUUCUAUUACCGACUUCCUGGAAGCAGCAAAGGAGAUGAGGAAUGAGGAAGAAAUGGGAGACGGUAGCCAUGACGACACCUCAUCAGAUAGCAGCUGGGAGACGGCCAGUGGCGAGUCAGGUCAUGAAGAGGAUGAAGAGAAGGAUGUAUGUGAGGAUGAAGACAUGUCCCAUGCUGCUGAUGACUCGGUGACCAUCAGUAGAACAGAGCCCCCGGAUACUGAGGCCCAGAGAACGGGAGAGGUUGAGACAGCAGAUAAAACAGAAGAACCAUUAUCAACUAACAGUGACUGCUCAGUACUACAGCAAUCAAGCACAGACAUUGUAGAGAACAAAGAACAAGCCACGGCCCCUAAAGAAGAAAUCACAAAAAGACAGUCCGAAGAACAGACGGAGCAGAAGAAGGGUGCAAAAGACGAGGUGAAAAUGAAGCUUGAGGUUACUCCUCCCACGGAAGAGGUGCCGGGUAGCCAAGAUAGAGAACUGAUAUGGGAAGAGGAUGGACUUCAGAGUCCCAAUGCUGCUAGCAGAUUCAUUGUGGUGCCUUCCUUGCCCAGCUGCCACUACUUUAGCAGUGCCCAGGAACCAACUAACAGGAAAAAGUUCUUACAGACAUGGAGAAAAGAGGUUCGUCUACUGCAGACAGCUCUUCCUCAAGGGAUCCUGGUGAAAGCUUUUGAGGACAGAAUGGACAUGUUCUCUGUCAUGAUCGAGGGACCUGUCAAUACCCCCUACGAGGAUGGAGUCUUCUUCUUUGACAUUCGGUUGCUAGGCGACUACCCAAAGACUCCGCCCAAGGUCCACUACCUGUCCUUCUGCAGCGGCCGUCUCAACCCAAACCUGUACAGUGACGGCAAGGUGUGUCUGAGCCUUCUUGGAACUUGGACAGGAAAGGGUAACGAGAUGUGGACUUCAUCGUCUAACCUUCUCCAGCUCUUGGUCUCCGUUCAAGGCUUGAUACUUGUUAAUGAACCAUACUACAAUGAGGCUGGCUAUGACAAGCACCGUGGUACGAGAGAGAGCAUUGAAAACUGUAGGAUGUACAACGAGAUGGCGCUGGUUAAACUUGUACAGUCUAUGACCAAGAUGGUAUCAUCUCCUCCAUUCUUAUUCAAGGAAGAAACACUUUUGUUUUUGAAGAAACAUUCUGUCAGGUUGAUUAGACGUCUAGAAUCUUGGCUUGAUCUUGCAUCAAGAUCAGAGGAUAUCCCCAAGGAUGUUGGCCAGCCUGCAGCAGAGAUGUGUCAAGGUCAGCAAGGGCAAAUGAUGCCUUUGGAUGCAGAAGAUACAACAGAGGAUGGAGCAUCAAGACCUCUAGAAGAUCCUCAAAGCGAUGUCCAGGAAUCAUUGGUACCACCAACUUAUUCAUCUUCAUCAUCCUCCCCCUCAGAAAACACUUCAAAUCAAGAUUCUUUGUUGCAUGUUCAGUCAGAUCCUGCCACAGAGACGGCUUCAUCUGUCCAGGCAGAUCCUAAAGACAUUCAUCCAUCCUCCUCCAUCCCUAGCACCUUUCAUGCUCCUUCAUCAUCACCUGAAGCUGCACUUAUAAGUCCUUCUACAGCUACCACAACCAAGCCAGAACAUGCCAGUCUGGAACCAGGUCCGAUCCAUAAAUUUGGAGCCAUGCCCGAUGGCAACGUCCUCUUGCCUCCUUACGCGCUCUUUCCGUUGUCUAAAGGCUUUGUCAUUAGCUUACAGCAUACCCUUAGCGAGUUCAAAUCUGUGCUAAAACAAGCCGGUAUCAGUUAACCCCCAAUCAUUUUGUAAGAUAAUGGAAGAUAGGAUUUAGGAGAAUGAUGUUUCUUAGCGCUUUCACUAUCCAGCUGUAUGCAGUAGAUUCAGAAUUUUUGUCCACCCCCACUCUGAUGAUUAGCCAAAGUGGGUAGCCCUGCAUCCCGUAACACAAAGGUUGGUGAUUAAUCGCUAAAUGAAAUGGCCAUCAAGACCAUUCGUAGAUUGACUAGGAACCAAUUUUUCUUUCAAAUUAGCGAUUAAUCACUAGCCUUUGUGUUAUGUGGCCCCUGUGUGUCAGGUACUUCUACAGCCUUGCUUGGCAUGAAUUAUUUGGUUAAAGAUCUGAAAUUUAAUAAAAUUUACACUUUGUGAUAUAA